ACACAAGACACACAAAGGAAGAAGAAUACAACCAAAAAAUAAACCAGGAAGUGACAACAACUAAACUACCACAACUACAUAGUGUCUCAGAUGGCAAAACAAUAGUUUCAGACACUACUCUGGGGCGCAGUUCGUCCAGCAGGAUCAGAUGGGCGACACUGUAAACACACUGCGCUCUUCACACCAGAUAGUUGGCUUCAUUCCUCUCUCCACAAGAGCUAAACGAUGGGUGAUAUUUACCAAUAUCCCGUUUUCUUCGAGUGUCACAGCCUGCCGGAGCAGAUUAAGAAAAUAGAAAAGUAUUUCCGUGUUCGCCGCAAAUCAGGCGGAGGGGACUGCGGAGCGCUGACGCGUGUGGAUGAUAACGUCUACAGCCUUGCUUUCAAAUAUGAGGAAAAUCAGCAGGCAGUCCUUCAGAGAUCUGAGCAUAUUGUGGAUGGUCUGGUGAUCACUGUCCGAGGCAGCCUGGAACCUCGCACCCCCUCUCCCAUCACCACCUCCACUGCAGCUCAGAGCCCACAGGCCAUUCCUGCCUCAACUCCUCCACCAAGUGGUGAAGAAUAUGAACUACAACUUGAUACUUACCUCCUUCGUUACCUAAAGGAAUGUCCCAAGGCUGGGAAAGAACUAGAGAAAGAACUUGCCUCUGUGGCCUGCUCUGCCCAGCUUUACCCAGAGGAGGAGAGGGUUUUAGUCAGGAGUUUAGCUCAACCUGGUGCUGUAGAUGAAGCUAGAAAUCGGAAAGUCAAGGUAGGCAAAAUCUUUGAUGGCUACCUGUGCCACUAUGAGGUGGACCCUCACAAAGUUAAAGCUUUGCUUCAGUCCUGCAGCUCUGAUCAGACCACAGAUGAGGUGAAAGUGUACAGCGAGCCUGGGGUGGCUGUUGUGGUUGGGGAAAGUGCUCAGGUGAAGGCCAGGUUGAUGGAUGUAGAGGACAGGUCAGGUUUAAGUGAGACGCAAACCAGCAUUCGUCGACUGGGCAAGGCCAAGCUCCGCCUCCUCUGGAAAGAGAUUGAGCACAGUUUGCGACGAGAUUUUCCAGGAGUGAAGGUCACGCAGGGAGAUGCAGGUCAGUUAGUUUUGGAAGGCACUGUGGAGGAGAUUCUUAAGGCUGGAGAUUGGAUCUCUGAUAAGGAGAAUUUGGUGUUAGAAAGGACAGUUUCUGAUAGGAGCCCACAUUUUUUGGCCUUUCUAAGGAAGGCAUACGGAGGUCCGGGGGUGCUAAGUGACUUUUUAGGGGUUGGUAACAAAGUGGAAAUAGAGUUACGAGACACAGAGCUACGUUUCUUCACUCUCUCUGCUGAUAAACUGGAUGACACAGAGAAAAAACUGCAAGAAAAAUUCAAGGAAGUCAAGAUUGAUGUGCCUAACUGCUCUGCUGUGCCAUCUGAGCUUCGGGAAAAGCUGAAGUCCAAGACAAAUGAGAUGAACCAAGGGCAACAUAGGGCUCAGGUCGUGUUUGGCUCAGACAGCGCAGUGUGCUUACUGGGCCACACGAAAGAGGUUGAAGAGCUGAGUGAAGCUGUCAUACAGUUUAUUUUGGACCAGUCUAGCGUGCAAAGCAGGGUUGCACAGAAUUUGGCAUCUUUAAGUUUACGUGAAGUAAACACAACAGUGGCUAGCUACAGCCUUCGUGACGGGCUCCAGGUGCUGGUGUGUCAGGGUGACAUCACCAAACAGGAUGCUGAUGCCCUGGUGAACGCUGCCAAUGAAGAUCUGGACCACUGUGGAGGUGUUGCUGCUGCCCUGAGUAAAGCAGGCGGUCCUGAAGUACAGAGUGAAAGCAGUGACUUAGUAAAGUAUAUUGGGAAAGUCCAUACAGGUGAAGUGGUAGUGACCACAGGGGGGAACUUAAACUGCAAGAAACUGCUGCAUGCUGUUGGGCCUGUUGGUGGAGAAGCAGGUGGCAGAGAAAGGAUCUUACUCAAAAAAACUGUCCAUUCUGCUCUGAAUUUAGCAGAAAUCAUGGAGUUCCAGUCUAUAGCCAUGCCCUGUAUCAGCUCAGGUGUGUUUGGUGUUCCUGUCACUGUGUGCUCUGAGGCUAUUGUAACUGCUGUUAAAGAGUUUGGCAGUCAGGGAGGGCGAAGUCUGAGCAGAAUAAUCCUGAUUGAUAACAGAGGAGAGGUGGUGAGGGCCAUGCAGGAAGCAUGUGACAGACUUCUCCAAGUGACACAAUCCGGAAACGGUGCACCAAGUGAUUUGGGAUUCCAGAUGGAUGUUGCCCAAGAUGACAUAGAAAAAGGAGCCACUGCUGGAGCUCCUGGAGAUGGUGUCAGUCUAGAGAUCAUUCAGGGAACCAUCGAGACCCAGCAGGUGGAUGCUCUGGUAUCGCCCAUGGUUGGCCAUGAUCCUCUCUCUACCUGUGUUGGAAACACUUUGUCCAAGAUGGUUGGAUCCCAGCUGACUGCAGGAUUUAGAAAGGAAGCAGGAGAAGCAACGCUGCCUGGUGACACAGUCCUGGUGGAGGGCUUGCCUGGACUUCCAUCUAAUGCAGUGUUCUUCGUCAACCUCGUUCCCUGGGAUGAUGACCAGGAUGGAAUUGCAGUCCAGGUUCUGAGACUGGGCAUCAACACAAUCCUAACUUCCUGUGAGAAUAGAGGGUUUGGAUCUGUUGCUCUCCCUGUGCUCGGGGCUGGGAUUGCCCUGCAUUUUCCUGACAGCGUGGUAGCCAGGGUUCUACUGGAGGAAGUUCAUAAGUUUGACCUCAACCGAGACAGCAGAACACCAUUGCUGGUCCGCAUCGUCAUCCACCCCAGUGACGAAGAGUCUAGUGAGGUGUUCACAUCUGUCCAGGAAGCUUUCCAACUGAAAAGAUUCACAAAAGAUGUUCACCAACCAGACCAAGUGUCAACUCCAAAGAGGAUCGUCCUGCUGGGAAAAACUGGAUCUGGGAAAAGCAACCUAGCUAACACCAUAUCUGGAGAGAAAUUAUUGUUUACCACAAACCAUUCUCCCAACUCUGGAACACGAAAAUGUCAAACAGAAACCAAAUCUGUCAAUGGAAGAAGCAUCACUUUGAUCGACACUCCUGGUUUCUUUGAUGCAGAUAGAUCUGAGGAGGACAUGAAGCCUGAGAUAGUGAGAUGUAUCACAGAGUGCGCCCCUGGGCCUCAUGCUUUUCUCAUUGUGCUUAAAGUGGAGAAAUUCACAGAGCAGGAGCAGGCUGUCAUCACUAAAAUCUGCCAGUAUUUCUCUGAAGAUGCUCUAAAAUAUGCUGUAAUUGUCUUCACUCAUGGUGACCAGCUCCCGAAAGGAAUGAAAAUUGAGGAGUUUGUCAGUCAGAAUAAGAAUCUGAGUGACCUGGUGAAGAAGUGCGGAGGCCGGUGCCACGUCAUUGAUAAUAAAUACUGGAAGAACAAAGUGCAGAACAACUACAGGAGCAACCAGUUCCAGGUGGAGGACCUACUCAACACAAUAGACAAGAUGGUGAUGGAAAACAAUGGAGGCUACUAUGUCAAUAAGAUGUUACAAGCAGUGGAGAAAGAAAUACAGAGAGAGGAAGAGCACAUAAGACAGACAUCAGACAACAUGCCAGUGGAAGAGAUCAGGAAACAGGCUAAAACCAGAGUGUCUGAGAGGUUUCUGAUCCAACUGGCAGGUACUGCAACAGGAGCAUUGUUAGGAGCUUUUUUUGGUGUGGCAGCAAUGGUUGGAUUAGUUAUCACAGCUGUACAGAACGUUAAAGCACUCGCACAAAGAAUUCCAGCACUAGGAGGAGCAUACGCUGCUGCAGCAGCAGGAGGAGCAGAAGUAGCAGUCGCUGUUGGAGUCGUGGCAGGUGUGACUGCAGCGUCAGCAGGAGCAGUAAUAGGUGGUGGUAUUGGACAUGAUGCAGCUGAGGGAGCAGAAACACCAUGGGAGGCAGUAGAGAUGGCAGCUAAUGCUGUCAUCAACAAAGGAAAAGCUACAUUAAAGUUGUAGCAACAGAUUUUUUUGCCGCUUGGAGGCAGCGAGACAACAUGAAGAUAUUAUCACAAGUUGAAUCUCAGACCACCAUUUCUGUUUAAAGAGGGGUUUUCUUUUUUCACAAAAAUGGCUUCUUUGACUCCUCUUUCAAACCAACUCUUCUCUCUAAGAUUCUAAGUAGAGAGAAGAGUUGGUUUGAAAGAGGAGUCAAAGAAGCCAUUUUUGUGAAAUAUUCACUCUCCUUUUAUCUCUGUUUUUGUCUCCUCCAACUCUGGAGGGAAAGAUCUGCUCUGUUGGUGCUAAAUGCUCCACUGUGUUCACCAGCUAAUCGCUAACUUUGUCUGUCUGCCGUUUGGUGUUGAGCAAGUAGUGGACUACAGAGAUUUUUGCAGAAAACAACAGCUGCCUGAUGAGGGUAGAAACAAGGUUGAUAAGAGUUUGCUGGCCAAAAAACCAAAACAAUGAGCUGAAAGAGGUUAAAAAGGCUCCAUAGAGUGGAAGGGAAUUGUAGGACAGGUGAAAAUUCUAUGUGGGUUUGACAACUUUCACAAAAUGCAUAGUGGAUCCAUUGUAAAUUAAAAAAAUAUAUAAAACUGAUUAGCAGCUUUAAAGUGCAGAAUGUUUGGGGCAGUGCCCUGAAAAAGAUGGAGGGAUACUCAUUUGUAAAACACUUGUAAAUUAUGUAGUAAUCAUUCUAAUAUAAGAACAGUGGGCUCCUGCAGUCUUUAUAUAUUGGUAAUGUAUAAACAAAAUGUAUAGAUAAAUUAAUAAAUAAACAAUGUUUAAUUGUCUGACAGUGGUUGUUUGAAUGUGGACUAUCCAGAACUUCAAGGUGUUCAAUUAUGUACUUUUUUUCUACUGACCUCUUUCUCUAUACUAAGCCAUUUGUUAUACACCUGUUUUUCAACAAUAAAAUAACUGAUUGCUAACAA